AUGUCUGGGGCAUCGUCGACAUCAACCCCACCAUUAAGUCCUCAGUUCUGCUUCAAUGAGAGGGUGCUUUUAGAUUUUCUGCGGCUUUCUAGGGUGACCAUUGAUGACUCCAUUUCGCAGAAUCUCAAUGCCCUGAUCACCCCGGCCCGGGAAGGGUUUGAUCCCUCGUCAACUGCAAUCCGUCAAACAGACUCCAGAGUUGGAAGGCCGAUAGAUCCCGAAGGAUGCCAGAACUUCAAAGACAAUGUCCUCUUCCAGUCAUGGCAAACGCGAUCCGAUGUACUGAAUUUCUGCGCUGGGGUGGCGACCAGUCCCGAUCCGGACGAUCCGGAUCUUAUUCUUCGACAGGCAGAGUCAGCUAAGGAACGGGAGAAGAUUGUCGAUGAAAGAUUGGACCCUUACUCUGCUCGGUAUUUCCCGAAAGAGCUGAGAACAGAGUCGCUUGCGAACUUGGUUCGGAACCAGCGAACAGUGGAAGAGAUCAUACGAGCGCGAACCUGGAGCGUGGUUACUGAGAGGUGCACUGACUCGGCUUCCACCUGGGAGGAGGCUUUGAACAAUUGGCGCCAGAGGAAGCAACGGUGA